UAUAUAUAUCCAGUGAGCCCGGCGCCGCACGCAAGGAGGUGAGAGUCCAGUGAGCCCGGCGCCGCACGCAAGGAGGUGAGAGUCCAGUGAGCCCGGCGCCGCACGCAAGGAGGUGAGAGUCCAGUGAGCCCGGCGCCGCACGCAAGGAGGUGAGAGUCCAGUGAGCCCGGCGCCGCACGCAAGGAGGUGAGAGUCCAGUGAGCCCGGCGCCGCACGCAAGGAGGUGAGAGUCCAGUGAGCCCGGCGCAGCACGCAAGGAGGUGAGAGUCCAGUGAGCCCGGCGCCGCACGCAAGGAGGUGAGAGUCCAGUGAGCCCGGCGCCGCACGCAAGGAGGUGAGAGUCCAGUGAGCCCGGCGCCGCACGCAAGGAGGUGAGAGUCCAGUGAGCCCGGCGCCGCACGCAAGGAGGUGAGAGUCCAGUGAGCCCGGCGCCGCACGCAAGGAGGUGAGAGUCCAGUGAGCCCGGCGCAGCACGCAAGGAGGUGAGAGUCCAGUGAGCCCGGCGCCGCACGCAAGGAGGUGAGAGUCCAGUGAGCCCGGCGCCGCACGCAAGGAGGUGAGAGUCCAGUGAGCCCGGCGCCGCACGCAAGGAGGGUCCCAUCUUGAGACUACAUCACUCGAGGCUGUUGAGAGUUUUUCAAACCCUUGGUUCCGGUUUCCAUUAGUUCCAGCUGCAGUCUCGACCCUGCCUGAGAUCCAGCCAGACAGACACCCGGACAGACCGACUCCCUGCUCGCCAUGAUUCACAGCCUGUUCCUGGUGAACUCGUCGGGGGAUAUCUUCCUGGAGAAGCACUGGAAGAGCGUGGUGAGCCGCUCUGUGUGCGAUUACUUCUUUGAGGUGCAGGAGCGCGCGUCCGAGCCCGAAAAUGUGGCCCCCGUCAUCCCCACGCCGCACCACUACCUCAUCAGCGUGUACCGCCACAAGAUCUUCUUCGUGGCUGUAAUCCAGAGUGAGGUGCCGCCCCUCUUCGUCAUCGAGUUCCUGCACAGGGUCGUGGACACCUUCCAGGAUUAUUUUGGCGUGUGCUCCGAGGCUGCUGUCAAGGACAAUGUGGUGGUCGUGUACGAGCUGCUGGAGGAGAUGCUGGAUAACGGCUUCCCUCUCGCCACCGAGUCCAACAUCCUGAAGGAGCUGAUCAAACCCCCGACCAUCCUGAGGACUGUGGUCAACACCAUCACCGGCAGCACCAAUGUGGGUGAGCAGCUCCCCACAGGCCAGCUCUCCGUGGUGCCGUGGCGACGCACGGGGGUGAAGUACACCAACAAUGAGGCAUACUUCGACGUAGUGGAGGAGAUCGAUGCCAUCAUCGACAAGUCAGGCUCGACUGUGACGGCUGAGAUCCAGGGUGUGGUGGACGCCUCGGUGAAGCUCACUGGCAUGCCCGACCUCACCCUCUCCUUCAUGAACCCCCGCUUGCUGGAUGAUGUCAGUUUCCACCCUUGCGUUCGCUUCAAGCGCUGGGAGGCGGAACGCAUCCUCUCCUUCAUCCCUCCCGACGGGAACUUCCGGCUCCUAUCCUACCACGUCAGCUCCCAGAACCUGGUAGCGAUCCCGGUCUAUGUGAAGCACAGCAUCAGUUUCCGCGAGGGUAGCUCUCUGGGUCACUUCGAGAUCACGAUCGGUCCCAAGCAGACAAUGGGCAAGGCGGUGGAGGGGGUGCUGGUCACCAGUCAGAUGCCCAAAGCCGUGCUUAACAUGAACCUGACCUGCACCCAGGGGGUCUACACCUUUGACCCCGUCACCAAGAUGCUGUCCUGGGACGUGGGGAAGAUUAACCCGCAGAAGCUCCCCAGUCUGAAGGGAUCGAUGAGCCUGCAGGCCGGAGCCUCGAAACCAGACGAGAACCCUACGAUCAACAUCCAGUGCAAGAUCCAGCAGCUCGCCCUCUCGGGGUUGAAGGUGAACCGGCUGGACAUGUAUGGAGAGAAGUACAAGCCCUUCAAAGGGAUCAAGUAUAUGACCAAGGCAGGGAAGUUCCAGGUCCGAACAUAGAGCAGCAGAACCGGCCUGGCAGGGA